GUUAUACAGCAGGCUCCACAGUUGAGGGGCGGACUAUACCGUCUACCACCAUCAUGUCUAGGUGGCGCUUAAGUAUGCGCUACGAAGCCUUGAAGCUACUACCAGCAGUACCUAGAGGCUAUGCUAGCAUCUCACCAUCGAAAUUUCGUCCACAACUACCGACGUACUUCCACGGAGUUCACUGCGGACCCGAGAGUGAUCAAGGGUAGAUUCAUCCUCUGUUGCAAAUGGACUAUACAGGAGGAAGCCCACACUCCAGAUCUUACGCUGUCGAGAUUUCCGCAUGUUCGGAUCUGUCCGCACCUAUCGGCCUUCUCGAGGCCUCAAUCCCAUCAAGUUGAACGGUCAUUAAACCGAAGCCCAAGGAUCCGAGCUCGAAAAUCCCACUCCUGCGACGGCUGUUGGACGGAUUAUGCCGUGGAUGCGUCUCCGAAGGUGACGACCUUUGAACCGUGGCAGGACUUUGGCACCGCUACCUGCAUCCGCCCCCUCCAGGAUUCUACAGCCCGGCAUGGUGAUGCAGAGGUCAUUCCUUGCCAGUCCCCUCUUUUCCUCCGGGUACCAUCUGGCACAGUAUAGGGCGAGAGUAAAAGGAGUUCGAAUUUGUAUAGGGGAUUUCCUAGGUCCAGAUUCUCGAAAAUUAUCUGCUCUAGAAUCCAUCGAGAUGUAUGUAGUGUUUCCUGUGUUGGGGGUUGCUGAGGACAAGCGCUGUUAUCAUAAAGCAGCGAAAGGGAUAUGAAACUGAGG